AUGAACAAAGGAAACACACCCCCUCCAAUGAGAUUGAAUACAACCCCAGGCCUGCCUUGGAGGACUUACAGCCAGUGUGCCCGUGCCCUGGCUAUCCUGAUUGCUCAAAAUCAACCAACAGGCUCGGUCAAUCUGGUCAUCCCAAGCAGGGCCCUCACUCCAUUUGCUGCCUAUAGUUUGAACAGUGUGCUGCAAUAUCACUUGCCUGUGCACCAAGCUGGUGCUAACACCAACUGCAAGAUCCAGUUGGACCUUUGUUUGUCCAGCAAGGCCAAUGGACAAGAUACAACCCCUACAAAAUAUCAAGCCAUUUACAUAUGCUUUAGCACUACAACACCAAGGCGGUGCUAA